AUGCGGCUGGUCCUGCUGAUGGGCGUCGGCCUGGUGUUGCUGUCCCCCCCCCGCGGCGGCGAGGCCCGGCGGGUCCAGCUCAACUCCAUCAGAACCCUGGUGCUCCGGGAGGAGGGGGGCCCUGGGGGGCCCGUGGGCCCCGGGGGCCCUGGGGGGCCCGCGGCGGUUCCGGCCCACCGCAGCCCCUGGGAGCCGGACCUGGACCUGACGGGCCGCUACUGCCACACCCCCCCCGGGGGCCCCGCCCACUACUGCCGGAGCUGCCGGAGGAGGAGCCGCCGUUGCCGUGGAGACGGGAUGUGUUGCCCCGGCAACCGCUGCCACAGAGGUAAAUGUGUCGCUGACCCCGGAGCGAUCCAGGACCCGGACCAGGACCAGAACCCUCUGACCCGGCGGAGAGGCGGCUGGGGCCUGCCGGGCCCCCACCCCGGUAGAGGUCAGGUCGGGGACCCCUGCCUCCGAUCCUCCGACUGCUCGGCCGGGUUCUGCUGCGCCCGACACUUCUGGACCCGGAUCUGCAAGCCGGUCCUGCGGGAGGGGCAGGUCUGCACCCGGCAGCGCCGCAAGGGGGGCCGGGGCGGCCCCGGGGGCCCCGGGGGGGGCCAGGGGGGCCUGGAGCUGUUCCAGCGCUGCUCUUGCGGGGGGGGGCUGGGCUGCCGGCCGGCCCCUCCCUCAUCAUCAUCAUCAUCAUCAUCGUCGUCGCUGCUGGCGGCGGCCAGGUCCAAGUUCUCCUCCCCCCGGGACUCCAUGCUGCCGUCGUCCUCGGCGACGGUGAAGACCAGACUCCACGUUUGCCAGAAGCUGUAG